AGAUUGUCAUUGCUGGAGGACUCUCGAUGCUAAUGAACAGAGGAAUCCUGGUGAAGACAAGAUUUGUCUGGCCAGCUUUGCUUGUGAUUGGUUGUUUACUCAUGAUCGGCUUCACUUUCAUUACCGGUUCCGCGUAUGCGUACGUGAUUGGUGUUGGAAUGGCCAUUCCCAUCUCAGGUAUCAAUGCCUCCCCCCUCGCUAUCGUUGGGAAGUAUAUCCAGGAAGAUGAUAAGGAGUCUGGCGACGAGGCUAAGGUUGGGCCCCAAUUCGGUCUGCUCAAUCUUUUCAUCGUGGUACCCCAGAUCAUUGUCACCCUAGUUGCGGCCGAAAUGAGAGUCUCGAAUGGUCUUGAGGCUGUUAUGGUAGUGAACGGUGUCGCAUUCGGAAUUGCAGCCAUUGUCGCAUCUUUAUCCGCGAGAACUCAAAUUACAAAUGAACAGUACGUACAUCUAUAAACAUAUUCAUUAAGACCAUGAAAGAAAGGAUUGUAAGGAUUGUAAAUCAAACAAAGGUCACGGCGC